UUCCGGUGGUGGCAGCGGCACCAUGGGGGUCACCUGCGUGUCGCAGGUGCCGGUGGCCGAGGGCAAGAGCGUGCAGCAGACGGUGGAGCUGCUGGCGCGGCGGCUGGAGGCGCUGGGCGCGGACAAGCAGGGCACGUUCGGCGUGGACUGCGAGACCUAUCACACCGCGGCCGCCCUGGGAACACAGGGGCAGACAGGGAAGCUCAUGUACGUCAUGCACAACUCCGAGUACCCCCUGAGCUGCUUCGCCCUCUUCGAGAACGGGCCCUGCCUCGUGGCUGACGCCAACUUUGACACCCUCAUGGUCAAGCUCAAGGGCUUCUUCCAGAACGCCAAGGCCAACAAGAUCGAGAGCCGUGGCACCCGCUACCAGUACUGCGACUUCCUGGUCAAACUGGGCACGGUCACCAUGGGCCCCAGCGCCAGGGGCAUUUCCGUGGAGGUGGAAUACUGCCCCUGUGUGAUCCCCAACGACUGCUGGAACCUGCUGAUGGAGUUCAUGCAGAGCUUCAUGGGCAGCCACACUCCCGGGAUCCCGUCGGUGUUCGGCUCCAAGCACGACAGCACCUACAGCCCCGGGGACACCAUGGUGCAGUACAUGGAGCUCUUCAACAAGAUCCGCAAGCAGCAGCAGGUGCCCGUGGCUGGCAUCAGGUGAAGAGAAUCCCCUGGAGCUCCUGGACUGCAUCAGGAAUCUCUCCAAAGUGUGCCACAGAAGGCAGCACCAGCCUUUUUAUUUUCCUUCUUGAGUUUUCCCAUUUCGAAGUUUUCCAGUGUCCAGGGUGUCCUGCAGUUUGGGAUUAUUGCAUCAGGUGAAGUUUCCUGGACUGCAUCAGGAAUCUCUCCAAAGUGUGACACAGAAGGCAGCACCAGGCUUUUUAUUUUUCCUUCUUGAUCUUUCCCAUUUCAAAGUUUUCUGGUGUCUUGGGUGUCCUGCACAGUUUGGGAUUAUUGCAUCAGGUGAAGAGAAUUCCUGGAGCUCCUGGACUGCAUCAAGAAUUCCUCCAAAC